CUAACCAAUCUAUGUGCUAUGUGGAUUAUAUUCGCGUGGAGACUAAAAGGCGUUUUAGUGUUAGUGUGUGUAUAGCUCGGUGCUCGUCAGAGAUCUAAACAUACUGCUGUGUACUGCCCGCUUAACUACGUCGGAUUAGAUUUGUGUGCAAACUUUUGUUCUUUCCCUCAGAGGAGUUUGUUUUUCCACACACACAGGAGUCUGUGAUGUGACUGUAGCGGAUUACAGAUCGGUCAGCAGUGCUGUGUGUGUGUGUGUGUGUGUGUGUGUGUGUGUGUGUGUGUGUGUGUGUGUGUGUGUGUGUGUGUGUGAGAGAGAGAGAGAGAGAGAGAGAGAGAGAGAGAGAGAGAGAUAGAGAUGUGGAGGCCGUUGCCUACAUAGCAACAAAGCGCUGCAGGCCGCUAGUUCACUCCAGAGCUCAACAACAAUAAACAUGGGCCUGAUUGUGGCCAAACUGUGGAGCUUUUUCUGUAACCAAGAACACAAGGUGAUCAUUGUGGGUCUCGACAAUGCUGGAAAGACGACCAUUCUUUACCAGUUCCUGAUGAAAGAGGUCGUCCACACGUCUCCGACCAUCGGCAGUAACGUUGAAGAAAUCGUCGUGAAGAACACACACUUUCUCAUGUGGGACAUCGGUGGCCAGGAGAGUCUCCGGUCUUCUUGGAACACUUACUACUCUAAUACUGAGUUCAUCAUCCUCGUAGUGGACAGUACAGACAGAGAAAGGCUUGCUAUCUCUAAAGAGGAGCUGUACAGAAUGCUGGCACAUGAGGAUUUGCGUAAAGCAGCAGUGUUGAUUUUUGCCAAUAAGCAGGAUAUGAAGGGCUGUAUGUCUGCAGCAGAGAUCUCCAAAUACCUGACCCUCAGCUCCAUCAAAGACCAUCCAUGGCACAUUCAGUCCUGCUGUGCUCUUACUGGAGAAGGUCUGUGCCAGGGCCUGGAGUGGAUGACCUCAAGAGUGGGACUCAGAUAGCCUCCAGCUACCUUGCAGGACUGGCUUCAUUUACAGCCAUCUUAUUGGCUACUGCUUAUUAUUAUUAUUUGUAUUAUUAUUGUUAUUUGAAUUUAAGCUCGUGAUAAAUGAUCGACCUCUUUGGACACCUACCUCACCUCGGAAUGACUGGAUGAUGGUUUAUUUAAUUGGACGGAAAUUUCUUUUUUUUUUUUUUUCAGGACAAAUUUAAUCAUGUGAUUGAAAGAAGGGGGACACAAAUGAUACUGCUUACAGAGAGGAAGGAGUGUGUGAGCUUCAAACUCAAUUUUUUGGAAAAGUUCUCUGUGUAGGAAAGUUGGGGACAGUGGUGUAUUUUACUGGACUUUUUUUUUUUUAAUGGUCAAUUCAUUGGUCAGGGAAAUCUGUUGCUCGUUUUAGGUUGGUUGGGGACUUAUAAAGGGUGUCUUUUAACAAACACAAAAACCACUACAUAUCAUGAACUGACGUAACAUAUCAUGUCACAUUACCUCAGUUUGACAGCACUACAAGCACUCGAGCGGCCAUCAUUUCUCCAGCCUGCCACAGCUGACCACUGACAUGUGGGAACAGGUUAGGUCAGUAAUAAAUAUUUCGUUUCAUUUAUUUAUCUCUGCUUUUUUUUUAAGAUUCUCAAACACCCCAAACUUCUGCUUAUACAUAUAUUGGGCUGAUGUUUCCACACCUCAAAUGUAAUUGCAUUGAGGACUGGUAACUAAAACAUGUUCUUUAGCUGGCCUGAGGCUGAAAAACGGAUUAUGGAUAAACUUGAAUAUUGAAAGUUAAUUGUAUUGUUUCAAUAUUUCAGAUACUAGGUUGUAUUAUUUUUAUACUGGUGAUUUCAUAUGCUGCAUCUAAACACUUUUACUCAGUUUUGUGUGUGUGUGUGUGUGUGUGUGUGUGUGUGUGUGUGUGUCAGGCUCAUGAGCAAUUUCUAAGUAUUUUAAAUCAUGGAAUUAAACCAAGAAGCAAACAUGUAUGAAUACUCAAACAUUUUCCUCUUUUUUGUUUUUUGGAAAUUCCUUUGGAACAAAAGGGACAUUGUGAUAAUAUCUAGAUGGAAAGACUUAUUUUUUAAUUGAUAUUAAUAUUGGGGUGAAUCUGAUCCCUCACAGGACCCAGAUGUUUUUUGCUGACAUUGGAAAGCCGUUAUAGGAGUUCACAGGUACGCCUGUGUUUGUAUUGGCCUAUGUGAGGCAUUGUGCAUUCCUUUGCUUUUAUUUCUGUAAAAUGUAAAACUAUGCUGCCUGCUUGCACACCAAACAGUACAGAUCUGGAAAUCACUGAUGGUUUUGCCUCACUAUCAGUAACCGUGGUUUUUAAUUCUAUCAGUUCCAGCAUGCGUGUAUAAUUUAUGUGUAUAUUUUUUUUUUGGUGAACGGAUUGAGUGAAAACAAAAGGGUCAAAGUUCAUAAAGUAGGCACAGAUUCUUCAUUUCAUCAGUCAUUGAAAUCUCAAACGUGCCAUUUCUGCAUAAUCAGGAGAAAUAUGCAUCAACAUUUAUAUUUCUGUAAUUUUUAUAAUAAAUGCUUUUAUUUUGAA